AUGGCGCUGUUCAAGAAUUUCAUUGAACCCGGCAGGUUGGCCAUUGGCCGAUAUGGAUGUGUGACAGACAAGGCUGUCAUUAUUGUCGAUAUCGUGGACUUGAACCGUGUUAUCGUGGUGGUGCCGGAAGCCAGCAAGCGUGUGUUGAUUCCCAUAAAGCGUCUCCAGAUGACGGAUUAUAAAGUCGAGUUAGCCCGUGGUGCGUCUGUGGAGGACGUGGAAGGUGCUUUGAAGGAGAACGACGUUGUUAGCGAGUGGAAGAAGACUUCCUGGGGCAAGAGAACGACCGCUUUCUACGCUAAGCGUGCCCUGACCGACCUCGAGCGGUUCAAGGUUGUGCGCGCGCAGAAAUACGUUGACGCUCAGAUGUAG